CGAGUAUUUUAUUUCCAAAUGUUGUUACCUAAACACGAGCACGUCAAAUUCCUGCAGGCCGCAUACGAAAAAUAGCCAAAUAACCGGAUUAACGUAAUUAUUUGAAUGGUGUGAUCUACUGACCAAGUAGAUUUGAAUCGAGGGUAGCCAAGUUCCGGUGAAGGAAGUAAAACACAAAGUCCUUGCAAGAUGAUGCGAAAUUUCGGGAUGUUAUCAAUAAGAAGGAGCAGCUGGAUGGCCAACUGGUGCUCCAAGGAACGGGUGUGGGCGUCCGCCAUGAGGCUAAAUGCACCCGCACCGGCAGCAGGCCACCAAAAAUUCUUAAAUUGCCAUGUAACCGAUAACCUCCAGCAAAGUCGAAGUGUCCACGAGAGCGCCAAUGCGGAAAGGGAGCCCGGCAAUACCAAAGAGAACGCGAGGAAGCCCGAGGACCUGGACCGAGCUUAUGAAGUCCUGCGCACCACUCUGCCCAAGUUGUUCGUGGAGCCCCUGGAUUAUUCCAUUUACAGCCCAGGACUAAUAUUCCACAACAACAUCACGGGCAAGCACACGGUGGGCCUGUAUCACUACGUCAAACAGAUCGCCAUCCUGCGGACGGUGGGCCACCUAAAGUACGCCUACGUAAAGUUCGAAGUCCUCAAGAUCACAAAGCACCAGGAUGACUACACGGUGAGGAUUAGGUGGCGAGUGCGGGGCAUUUCUGGGUUGAAGGUCAUGUUCCAGUUCUGGAAGUACAAGCUCUGGCAGCUAAAGGAAGUGCUGAAGGAUCAGGAGGCCUGGUACGAUGGCUACUCAGUCUGUUACCUAGGCGACGAUGGUCUGAUCGUUAAACACGUUGUGGACAAGGUGAUGCCGGACGAGAGUCGGGAGGCUGUUGAAAACACUUCUGCGACGGCGCUACCUCCCGGUUCCUUGGCGGCGACCUCUUCUCAGAAGAUCAACUGCCAAUGAAGUCGUAGCUAGCUUUAAAUGUUACUUAUUUAUUGUAUUACUAAACGUAAUAAACGGAAACUGUGAAAAUGUUUAGUAAA